CAAUUUUCGACAAGGACAACACAGAAGAAGAGAAAGCAGAGCAGAACAACUUCCUUCUUGCUUGUUGCUUGCUUGCUUGUUGCUUGACCGUUCACUGAUGCACCGAGCGUCAUGCCGGUGUUGAUUGAUGUGAGUGGGACGUUGUUGGUUGGCGAUGUACCGACGGCUGGUGCUGUGGAAGCACUUCAGCGCCUGAGGGAAGCGGGCGUGCCUUUUCGCAUCAUCACAAACACAUCCAAGGAGUCGCGACAAGCGAUUGUGGACCGCCUCCGCAAACACAAUUUCGAUGUACGAGACGAGGAGGUGUUCACGGCGUUGUCAGCAACACGGAGGCUCAUUCUCAGCCGGAACCUGAGGUGUGCGUUCUUGCUGCGGGAUUCGGUCAUGCAAGACUUUGAAGAUGUUGAGCAGUCCAAUCCAAACGCCGUCGUUGUUGGGCUGGCCCCGGAGAAGUUUGAUUACGCCCACAUGAACGCAGCGUUUCACAUCCUCUUCCAGGGCGGAACACUGAUCGCCAUCAACAAAAGCAGGUACUACAAGACCGAGCAUGGCAACGACCUUGCUGCUGGCAGCGUGGUGGCGGCACUCGAGUAUGCGUCAGGGAAGGAGGCCACCAUUGUUGGCAAGCCAUCCCCAGACUUCUUCAAACUCGCUCUCGAUGACCUCGGGUCCUCAGCAGCAGAUACAUUCAUGAUUGGAGACGACAUCAACGAUGAUGUUGCCGGCGCACAACGCGUCGGGUGUCGUGGUGUGCUCGUCCAAACAGGGAAGUACACGGCACACGUGUUGGAGCAAAGUGGCGUGCAACCUGAUGUGAUUGCGCCCACGUUUGCAGACUUUGUGGACCGGUUUCUUGGUGGAGAGUUUGCACAGUGAUGCUGUGGUGUGUGUAUGUGUGUGUCGUGGUCGGCUAUAAGUGGCUGGCUGAUUCGUGUUUCGAUUCAGAUGCAGACGUAACGAUAAACGAACAGCAGAAGUAGCA